AUGGCGACCAGAAACUUUGGCACCACGCAAAACUUGAACCGGCAGAGCAUGGCACCGGGUGCGGGCGUUGCCGCUAAAAACAGACAACUGGCUCAUCUCCAGUCACAGCUUGCUCAGUUAUCGACUAAUUUAUCCGAUACGGAGAAUUUACUGCGCAUGACGAGUGUGCAGGCUGAGGCGAUGAGGGGCCUGGGGAGUUGGCAUGGUGGGUUGUUUAUGGCUGCGAGCAAGGUUUUGGGGGAGGAGAGUGUCAAGGAGGGUAGGUGA